UAAGGUAGUAUUAUGACACAUCAGUUAAUAUUCACACUUCCAAAAGAAAGCUACUCUAUAGCUAUAGGACCAUGUUCUGCAAAAAGUAGAAAGUGUAAGGAGUUUAUAGCAAAAAACGAAGACGUAGGUAUGAAAUUUCUUAUUUCUACUAAAGAUGAUACUGGCAAAACAGGAAAAAUGUCCCUUUGUAAAGAUAAUAACGGUCAAGAUGAGUGUACAACAUCCUACACAGUUCAAUUUCCAGUAAUUUAUAAUGAUCUUUUUAAUGAUAGCUUGAGCUACGUAAGUGUUCUUUUGGAUCAUGAUAAAGGACAUUUAACUAGUAUGCACAAUGAAUUCGAUAAAUAUAAUAUUGAUUACACAGUUAUGGACAAUGAUACAACACAGAAUGUGUUGUCAGAGGUUUUUAUAUAAUCUAAUUUUCAUUAUACAGCUACUCAGAGCUCUCUUGGUUCCAUUAUCUCUACUCGAAUGCCGUCAUUACAAUGCUUGAUACAGGGAUCUAUAGAUAAACAAUUUAAUAUUCCAUUACGUGUUAGCGGAACCUAUCUA